AUGCCGUUCUUCGGUAGUGACGAAGAUUGCGUCCAGAUCACUUGGGAUUCGGAUCGUGUCAUUUAUGCCCAUAAGGUUGAUGACUAUGUUCCGGUAUUUCGUGAGCAGAUCAGGUUUGGUGGUGAUGGUUUGCACAGAGCCUUAGCCGCUGGUGAGUCUGCUCCGGCAGCCCCAGCAGAGGUUCCUGCGCCCGCUGUCCCAGCAGAGGACCCUCCUCUCCCAGCUCCCGCAGCACCCCCUCCACCUGAUCCAGGGGAAGGUUCCGGUGCCGACGAUGAGGGUGAUGAGGAUGCACCAACCAAGGCUCAGCGGCUAAUCACUGAAGCCCAGAGUUUACAGCAUCGCUUAACGCAUAUGCCAAAGAACCCCUACUGUGAUGUCUGCAGUCGGAGUCGAAUGCUAAAGAAGCGAACGGCGAGGACGCGCUAUGCAAAGUGUGAUGAUGAGUUAGAUCCGGUUGAGGAGUUCGGUCAACGGAUAGCGGCUGAUUUCAUCAUAGUGCACAAAGACGCUAAAAGCACUGAAACCGUCGUCCUGACUGUGAGGGAUGAGGCUACAGGGUACAUAAGAGCUUUCCCGCUAGUGUCCAGGCACGAAGACGGGGUGGUACGAUCAUUGUUAUCCUUUCUCGGUAGGCGCGCUUCUGGACCUUGUGUAUUGUUCAAGAGCGACAAUGCGCGAGAGCUCCUCGCCGCAUGUGCGACGUUGGGGUUUACUUCAGAACCAAGCCUUGAGCGUAGAUGGCCUCACAACUCAGUUCUCGAACGGGAGAUCCGUACCAUCGAGGAGUGUACAAGGGCUCUCCACAUUGCGGCCGGUUUUCAGUUGCAUUCGGGUCUUUGGGUUCACACUGUUCGCUAUGCGGCACACACCAUUAACCUUUUCCACCCUGCGGUCGGGAUUGAGGGUUGUCGGUAUGCGAACGCGAUUGGAUCCGAGUUUGGUGGCAUGAAAUUACAACUUGGUCAACUAGUCUAUUACAGACUUGACCCGGCAAACCGUGAGAAGUUUCAGGCAUCAGCAGCACCUGGUGUUUUCGCAGGUUGGCGGUUCGAUAGCGGUCCAUCAUCAUUCAGAGAAGUCUACUAUGUCUUGGAUUAUGGUAAGCUAAAGAACCGUGAACCGGGGUACGAAAAGGCGAUCUCCGUCCCUAGAGAGGAAAUCCACGUUCCCCGCGGCAAUCCCAUCCUCCCGAUGUUCACCGCUGCAGAAGCUGCUUUGUCUAGUUUCACGAAAGCCGAGUAUGAAGCCAUCGAAUUUCUUGAUGUGCCGUUCAGCACGGUAGCGCCGUCAACACCCGUUGCCAAGCGCCACGAGUACAUUACUUUGGACAGACUUAUGCGACUAGGUGCAACACCUGGUUGUAAGGCCUGCAAGUUCGAUGGAACAGUACACACGCCAGUAUGUAAGGCAAGAUUUGAUGGUUUGAUUAAAGCCGAGAAGAUUGCCGCGAGCAAGUCAGUCAGAGACGCUGCACCGCCUGAUGUUGAGCGCCCUGAUCCUUUGGCGGAGUCUGCACCCGCAGCCCCCGAGGGUGAUGAGGAUGCUCCAGAGCGCGCGAGCUCCUCUGCUGGCCCACGGGCUCCAGCUGGUGUUGCAGUUCAGUCUUCCGAAAGCAAAGUUCCAACAGGUGAGUUUGGUUUGAGUGCAAGGUUUCUCGCAAACGAGAGAGCGCGUAACAACACCAGAAGGGUGAAGGAACUUCCAGGGGAAAAUGUUCUUAUCGAGUACGGUUGUGAAGACGAGUCUGAGAUAAGAGAUGCUUGUGAACGUUGUAAGGUUCAUUGUGUUAGUCUGUCCCAGUCAACGCUGGACUUGACUUCGCAGGAUGACAUGCAGCAAGUUGUUUCCCAAGCAAUCCCAGGUGUAGAUGCUUGGUUCACCAUACCAUGCACACAUAUGUCUUCACACCAAGCCGUACAUCGUGAGUCCCAAAGUCCCAAGUACGCGCGAAAGAUUGCACAAAGGCAAGCAACAUCCAAGCGAAUGUUGGUUUUGGCCCUAAAUGUUGCCGACCAUAUCAUUGAGCAGGGGGGUCGGGUUUCGUUUCAGUGGAGUUCUGAUUCGGGGGUGCUUGUGCAGCCUGAGUGGAUCGACUUCGCUUCGAAACACGAGCUCUCCAGUGUAGCCUGUGUCAGCGGUAACAAAGCCACCACCAUUGCUUCGAACUCCAAGCGAGUACUGGAGCACUUCGCAAAGGUGUCAACGAAGGAGUCAUCAGAGAUCAAUGCAACCAACAUCAAAGCGUAUGAGCUUGCGGAUCUCGUGAUACAAUCCUUGUUUCCCCAGAGGUACUUCAAAAGUGUCCCCAAUCUUGGUAAAGCUAGCGCGCUUAUCACCAAGAAUCUCUCUCGCCGAGAAUGGCAAGCUGAGCCGAAGGCGCUUGAAGCCAUCGCUCAAGAAGCUGAGGGGUUGCGCCGAAACGGCACAUGGGAUGACACGACGGCCAUGCCUUUGCAUGAGUUGAGAAGUCAGGCUAGGAUGCCUGAGUAUGCUGAGCAGAUUGUCCAAACCUAUUGCGAGAUCACCGGGACAACGCCCGACAAGCUUCGUCGAGUGAACACGCCCUGCAUCGCUGAAUCGUCAAUGACCGACGAGGAUAUCUCAGCGCAAGGCGAGCUCCACGAUUCAGCAUCACGCAUCUUGAUGCGCUGUUUGUGGUUAGCUCGUCUCUGUAGAGCUGACAUCGCAUUUGCUGUAACUCGCCUAGCUUCCAGGGUCACUCGGUGGACCGCCUGGGAGGACAGACAAGUGCUUAGACUUGUGUCGUAUAUUCAUCACACCAGAGAUGUUUGCAUGAAUGCCAGUUGCUCUUGGGAUGCCGCUCCCGAGCUACGGGUGUAUACAGACGCUGACUUCGCAGCCUGUCCCUACACUUCACGUAGCACGUCCGGGAUUGUAGUCCACAUAGGCACAGGUCAGCAUGCAUUCCCUGUGAUGUGGCAAAGUCGCAAGCAAACGUCUGUUGCGAGGUCGACGCCAGAGGCCGAAAUGAUCUCAAUGGCAUCAGCCAUGUUUUCAGAGGUCAUAAACCUGCAGACGUUCUUACAGUCAGCCUUCAAAAGCACAGUGCCAAUCAUCUUCUUCCAAGACAACGAAACUGUUUUGGCCAUCCUGAAGUCAGGAUACAGUCCAAAGCUUCGCCACUUAGGGCGCGUGCACCGCGUAAAUGUGGCAAGUAUGGCAGAGAUCUUUGAACAAGAAGAUUUUUCGGCUACUUACGUGAACAGCAAGGAGCAAUUAGCUAAUGGUUUGACUAAGAUCAUCCCUCCUGCUGAGUGGUCUGAUAUGCUCACACAGUUGUGCCUUCACGAAGGUGUCCCUCACAGUGCGACCGUCUCAAAGGUCGUAGCUGAGGAAGCAGAGCGUUUUGCAAGCUCACUGCCCAGGAAGAUCACACAAGAAGACCUUGUGCAGCUUUUGUCGUACUUGCCAGGGGAGAGCGCCGUGCGCCCCUCUGCAAGCGAGGCAAUGUGCUUCACCACCGGUUGCCUAAGCAUAAGUUUACGGCAGUGA